AUGUGGCUUGCUUCCUUCUCUCCCCGUUUCUCCUCACCUCUUCUCUCCUCUGCUCUCCCCGUCCUCUUCGCCCCUCUUCUCUCCAACAGACUGUACACAGAGCACAGCUACUUGACAGAUCUUGCCGCCCACACAAUCCCGGAGAUCCAGCGAUCAGAUCUCACAGCAACAGUGCUGCAGCUCAAGUCGCUCGGCAUCGACAACAUCAUGCGAUUCGAUUGGCUCUCGCCGCCCGCGCCGUCCGCCAUGAUCCGCGCACUAGAGACGCUCUUUGCCGUCCGGGCGCUGGAUAUGGACGGCAGACUGACCAAGCCUGUUGGAGUCCAGCUGGCAGAGUUUCCUCUGGACCCUCUGAUUGCCUUCAUGCUGCUUGUAUCGGCCAAUGCACCUGGCACCACCGCUGAUGGUGCUACUGGUACUGCGAUGAAGAGUGGAGGGGGUGGAGGUGGCGUGGGUGGGGGGAAGGAGGAGGAUGAUGAGGAGGAGGAAGACAGAGAUGGGGAGGACGCUGAUGGUUGUUCCGAGGAGAUGUGUACAGUUGCUGCGUCACUGUGUGUGCAGUCAGUGUGGGUGGGCAGCAGCGGCAGGCAGAGGGAGUCAGACAGACUCAAAGAGCGAUUCGCUGCUGCAGAGGCCGGCCAGACACAUAACUCAGUUGACCUCACUGCAACGCCAACCCCUUCCUCACUGCAACGCCAACCCCUUCCUCACUGCAACGCCAACCCCUUCCUCACUGCAACGCCAACCCCUUCCUCACUGCAACGCCAACCCCUUCCUCACUGCAACGCCAACCCCUUCCUCACUGCAACGCCAACCCCUUCCUCACUGCAACGCCAACCCCUUCCUCACUGCAACGCCAACCCCUUCCUCACUGCAACGCCAACCCCUUCCUCACUGCAACGCCAACCCCUUUCUCACUGCAACGCCAACCCCUUCCUCACUGCAACGCCAACCCCUUCCUCACUGCAACGCCAACCCCUUCCUCACUGCAACGCCAACCCCUUCCUCACUGCAACGCCAACCCCUUCCUCACUGCAACGCCAACCCCUUCCUCACUGCAACGCCAACCCCUUCCUCACUGCAACGCCAACCCCUUCCUCACUGCAACGCCAACCCCUUCCUCACUGCAACGCCAACCCCUUCCUCUGUGUUUUGCAACGCCAACCCCUUCCUCUGUGUUCUGCAACGCCAACCCCUUCCUCUGUGUUCUGUGCGUUCGAUGCUCUCUCUCUUCUCCCUUGUCUCUCCCACCAGGGCGACUUUGUCUCCUAUCUGAACGUGUAUGAGGGCUUCACUCGCAGGCGACUUUGUCUCCUACCUGAACGUGGCGACUUUGUCUCCUACCUGAACGUGUAUGAGGGCUUCACUCGCAGUGGCCGGUCGCCCAAGUGGUGCCACGCCAACGGCAUCAACUACCAGGCCAUGCUGCGAGUGGACGAUGUGAGGGGGCGGCUGAGGAGGGGCCUCAGGCGCUUUUCAAAUCUGCCUCCUCACCCCUCCCCACCCCUUCUCGCCCAUCCUCACUCCUCCCUACCCCUCCCCGCCCCCACAUCUCAGCUGCGAGUGGACGAUGUGAGGGGGCAGCUGCGGAAAGGGGCUAAGGCGCCUGGGGCUGAAGCUGCUGUCAUGCAGAGUCCCCCUACCUGUCCCUCCUCUUCCCCAUUUCCGUUGCUUGCCUUCCCACCCACACCCACCCACAACCCCACCACACCCCCUCCAACCCCGCACCACCCCUGA